AUGGCUCAGUACAUCACAUCACAUGGCAAAGGCCAAACCAGACGAGGAUGUGUGUGUUUGUCCCUGCAGCUGCUGGAGCUGUUCGACAGCGAGGACCCCAGGGAGAGGGACUUCCUGAAGACCAUCCUGCAUCGGAUCUAUGGAAAGUUCCUCGGACUGCGGGCCUUCAUCAGGAAGCAGAUCAACAACAUUUUCUUGCGAUUCAUCUAUGAAACUGAGCACUUCAACGGAGUUGCUGAGCUGCUAGAAAUCCUGGGAAGUAUCAUCAACGGGUUUGCGUUGCCUCUGAAGGCCGAGCACAAGCAGUUCCUGAUGAAGGUGCUCAUCCCGUUACACACGGCUAAAGCUCUGGCCCUGUUCCAUGCGCAGCUGGCCUACUGUGUGGUCCAGUUCCUGGAGAAAGAUCCUACACUCACUGAACCGGUGAUCCGCGGGCUGCUGAAGUUUUGGCCUAAGACCUGCAGCCAGAAAGAGGUGAUGUUCCUGGGUGAGAUCGAGGAGAUUCUGGAUGUCAUUGAGCCGACGCAAUUCAAGAAAAUCCAGGAGCCGUUAUUCAAACAGAUCUCUAAAUGUGUGGCCAACCCACACUUUCAGGUAGCGGAGCGGGCGCUGUACUUCUGGAACAACGAGUACAUCCUCAGCCUCAUCGAGGAGAACAUCGACAAAGUUCUUCCCAUCAUGUUUGGUAGCCUGUACAGAAUCUCCAAAGAGCACUGGAACCCGACAAUCGUAGCUCUGGUGUACAACGUGCUGAAGACGCUGAUGGAGAUGAACUGCACGCUGUUUGACGAGCUGACCUCCUCCUAUAAAGCAGACCGGCAGCGGGAGAAGAAGAAGGAGCAGGAGAGGGACGAGCUGUGGAAGAAGCUGGACGAGUUGAGGCUCAGCAGCAGCGCUCUCGUCCAGAACAACAGCCACGGGUUCCCGGGUGUCCAGAACAACAACAACAACAACAACAACAACAACAAUAGUAAUAAUAAUGACACCCAGGACAAGAGCGCCGAGGCUGCUGCCGUCACCUCAGAAAACAAAGGUCCUGACGACAGUGUGGCGGCCAAUGAGAGCAGCCCAUGUGCCAAAUGACACCGGAUGUUAGUUUUUUAUUAACGGUUUGACAUCGUGUUCAGGACUGUCAGGAGAGGAUUAACGGAGACAGAAAAAAACACAAAUUACACCUCAACAGUAUAUUAAAAUCAAUUUAGAGUGACUUAGAAACGCCAGCAUUUCCUUGGCAUAAAAAAAAUAUAUAUAUUUCAACUUAAGACUAUUUUUGGAUGUUACAGUGUGGCUGCAGUAUCUUCUUUAUUCGUCUGAUCAAAGAUUUAUCCUUUCACAUUUAGUUUCUUAACUGAAAAUGAUUUUUUUGUUUUGUUUAUAUUCGUUGUAUGAUACAUGGGAGGGGAGAAAAUAAUGAUGACUUGAAUUUAAUGUUUCCGAUUGUGCUGCACUUAGACAAGCUGAAUAGCUAUUUAAAGAUGUCUAUUUUUUAAUGUGCUUUUCCUUGUUGCUGCCAACGCUUUGGGUGCAAACCUUAAGGAAGAAGGGAACUCGGACUUUGGGAGUAUUCGGGGUAGAUGGGACCAGAUCCAUAAUUAAACAUUGAGUGUCCAUUGAUGUAUUGAAAAGUGUAGUUACCACAAGAAGCUACAGGACCGUUAUCUCACUUUAGAGAUAGAGAAGGGGAGGUGCAUGGCCAAAAAGAAGAUAAAUCCUGAUGAAUAAUUAUAAUCCCAGAUAUGGAUUGAUAUCUCUGUAAGUGACUCUAGUUGAGACUGAAAUUAAAACGUGUUCUCAAUUAGGGUAGAUGUCAUAUUUGUGAGAUUAUUUUUGUGUUUCGGGUGUUUGUAACUGUUCGUUUAGCUGGGUGAAGCUAAUAGAUGUCACACAACACCUGCAUUUAUAAAGUCACACUAAAGUAUUGAGACGGGACAUUCAAAGAGUGAAAUGUUUUUCAGCCAAGCAGCAAUUAAAGUAAUGUUUCAACUUUUUGGGGAAAAGCCUUGUUGGCUUUUUAAUUUUGAGAGUUAGUUUAGAAGUUUGAUACCACUCUCAUAGUGUAAGAAACUGCAGAUGGUUAGCUUAGCAUAGACCGCAAAUGGAGGGAAACAGCUAGCAUAGCCCUUUUUAAAGCCUUAUUCAGACCUACUCGCAAACACACAUUCCUGGUAGUUUACCUCGCAAUCCCUUUGACCAAAGAAAAAAUAUCUUAUAUUUAAAGUUCCAGAGAUGUAAAAUCAAGUCUGUAUUACAAACACGUUUAAUGUUUCACCAACUGGACUUCAUGGAGCGUAUUUCAUCGUCUUACCUGUAGCUUAAAAAAUGCCGCCCUAGCAUGAAUCAUCAAUUUGACGUUUAUAGGGAAUGUUCAGUAUAGGACUAUUUCUGAAUUGUCGUUUUAACGCCUAGCUGUUUGUUUAUAAAAAAUAAAACAUGUUAAUUUGUUAGAGUAAUGAGGUGGAUUUUUAUACUUUUAAACAGGGCUAGGCUAGCACUUUUCACCCGUUUCCCAUAUCUAUGCUAAGCUAAGCUAACUGCCUUCAAGUUCAUCGUACAGACGUGAUUUAUUGAUCUUCUCAUCUAACUCUCGCCAAACAAAAAAGCCAAUAAGGGCAUUUCCAUAAAAGUAUUAAUUUAAAUCAAGUUAAUUAAGAAAUAAAAACAUAUGAGACCUACAGUACUAUCUUUUCUAGAGUAUUGACGAGGCAAAUAUUUUCUAACGUUUCAUUUUGCAGAUGAAUUAUGAUGGGGUGCAGGAUGUGCUUGAGUGUAUAUUAGUCGAGUGUGUAUUAUGUUAGAUUGGAGGCUACUUAAAGGGAAAUGCCACUCAAUUUAAGAUUUUUCUGUACAGUAUAUUGUUUCCGUGGUCUAGGAAAGUGCAGUCUUAGGAACAUAAAUGGUUAUCUGUCAAAGCCGAGAAGACUUACACUUGUCUUACCACUUAUCUGGCAUUUUACACAAUGCACAAGAGGCUGAGUUUUUAUAUCCAAACUUAUUAUGAAGUAGUGAUAUCAAGAAACACCAGAAAAUCCGAGUAAUCUUUACCAUCAAUGCCUGUUCACUCCCCGCAUCUCCAGACUUUAUAACCUCACAUUUGCUUUUAGUGUCGACGUCGGGAGUUUGAUGAAUGUGUUCAUGGACUUAAUCUGACUGCCGUAGAUCAUAGGAACAACUUGUGACUUCUUUUUAAAUUGAACGGUGUUCCCGCUGAACCCCGAGUGUCUGCUCUCUUACUUCUUCUGAGUUUUUAGGUCCAGUCUUUUCUGAUGCCUUUCUGUCAGUACAGCAUUCCAACCUCUGUGACGUUAAAAAAAAAACUGCGUGGGGAACCUGUUUUGUAAUCGCAGAUCUUAUUUAGGUUUCACCAUCAAAUAAAGUCUACUCUAUCUUUCUACUCAAAGCA